UUCAAAUUGGAUCUAGUUCGAAUAAAAAAAAAUAUUUUAUUUAGAUAUCGACUGCUGGUUUAGCGGGUGAUAAGUAAUUAUUUUGCACGUCCAUUACUUGUGGAUAAAUAAACAUGGCGGAUGAUAUUUCUGACAAGCGGCGAAGGUCAAAGAAAAAGAGAUCGAGCUUACUGACUUGGAAAAAGAAGUUUAACAUAAAGAAAAGAUUCACGAAUAAACUUCCUUUACAUCGUCGAUACAUCAGAGCAUUAAUGUCUGGUUGGUCCAUGUCGGACGUCAGAUCGAUGUUAACCCAAUAUGAGAUCACAUCAAUGUUAAAGCAGCUUUCUAUCAUGGCUGAUAAAUCUCGACCUUCUUGUCCAACUGUCAGUCAGGAUCUUGGAGAAUUGUUUAGAAAGUUAUCAUGUACUGACAUGAAAAUUAUUUGCUGUCAACUUUCAGAAGAAGAUUGUCGUUCCCACCAUCACAAGCCAAGUGACCACAAAGUAUAUCAAGCACACAAAGCAUUGUUACUUUCUCGGUGGCCAUAUUUUCGGAAUAUAAUGAAAAAUCAGAUUUCUCAUCAAAAUAGAAGAUCAUAUGAAGAAAGUUUACUCAGGAGUACAGAUGUAAAUUAUGAAUCAUCUUUGUCUGAAAAUAAUGAAAAGACUAUGGAUAUAUGCAUGCAGAAAGUUUGUAUCUAUGGAAUGACUUAUGAUAAAAUAACGGAAAUACUCGGGGAGAUUUAUGAAGGGAAAAAGUGUGGAAUAAUGCAGUCCAAUCCGAGAAAGUUACUGCCAUUACCUACAACAGAUGAUAGUUUCCAUCUAAGAAAUUCAAGAGGGAAACAAACACUCAGACCAACAUUGAUGGAAUGUGAACAGCCAAUCAUACCACGUAGAAAUGUAGUUCGGAGAAAGCAUAAACAAAGAUUUUCAAUGGAUGAAAGGAUCUUAUCAAAUCAGCAUAUUGCUAGUGGAGCAACAAGUGGUCAACAGACGAAAUCAUGCAAGUUUACACCAAGUGAUGUAAUGCAAUCGGCUUCUUCUAAUCAGUAUGUAACAGCGUUUAAUCAAUCUGCAGUUGAACAAAGGACUCAUGGUAAUCGCAUUGACAAAGAUGUUCCACAUAUCAUAUAUGAUGACUUAGCAAAGAUGUACUCUGAUGCUGAGUCAGGAUUAGGCGAUACAAAGAUCAUUUUUUCAUCUGAUUUAUCUUCUGGUUUUACAUCAUGGAUGACUCCUCAUCCCAGAAGAAGAGAUAUCAAUAACCAUUAUCAAGCCUGGAUUUCACAUUACGAAUCACCAAGUUUUUAUCAUUAUUCAUCAAGAGAAUGGCAGGAUCCUCUUUACUGCCACCGAGCCGUAUUAUCAGCGCGAUCAACAUACUUCCGAAGACUAAUCGAAAAACAGAUGUCAUCAGCAAGCUGGUGGGAAACCUCGUCUUCAUCUGUUUUUACUUUGGAAAUCGAUGGAAAUGUUAUUCCACCAAAGUAUAUGGGUGCAGUUUUAUACACUAUGUAUACUGAUAAGAUUGAUCUUCAACGCAUAUAUGACCGAGCUGGACAACGUGGAAUGCCGAUGGGAGGGUCAUCAAAUCAAUUCUUCUUGAGAGAUGCCCUAAUGCUGCAUCUUAUUGGUCGCUUUAUUGAGUUCCCACAACUUGUUUGUGGUUGCGAAGAGUUUAUUGUUGACAAUCUUGAUCAAAACAAUCUGUUGCAAGUUCUACAUUGGACUUCGUCACCUAACGGAUCUGAAUGGGUCAAACGACAAGUCUAUAAUUUUAUCAGAGAAAGGUUUUCAGAGCUUCUAAGCAGUGGAGUUUUAUUUGAACUUGAUUUAUUGCACAUUACUGAAGUUUUGAGUUCUGAUUAUGUCAAUUCAUCUGAACUUGAUAUAUUGAAAUGUGCUUUGCGAUGGGGUGAACAUGAAUUACUUAGAAGAAUCGAACAAAGAGAGCCAAAUUUAUUGACGCAUACUGCUCACAGCGUCAGUCGAAGUAAGUCAGCCUCAGCACGUCGCAGAGAACUUAUUUCAGCAAGAAUUGAGGAAUUACAUGAAUGUACGGCUCCUGUACUUGCUUGCGUUCGAAUGCAACAUCUCCUUCCAUUGAAUCAUGAAUUGUUUACAAAUGCAGUGAAACGGGGAGUUAUCAGUCGUCCACCUGCUGAUUUGUUAGAACAUAUCAAUGAUAGAGAAGGAUGUGCAAGACAGUGGAUCAAAUCGAGUGUCGACUUUGUUCCUCCAAGAUUAUUUCAACCUUACAUGGAUGAAACCAAGAACAUUUUGGAUGAAAGAUUUGCUCAAGACAGCGAUUGCGUGAGUUUACGAUCAGUUCAUAACUUUCCACGAGAUCAAACUUGGUGUUCAGUAAGACACCAGAUGGAACUGACAACUCACGGAAUCCCAGAUGCUCUGUACAUGGUUGGACAAGCAAGACUUCCUUCUCGACGUCGCUAUGGGAAUCGAGAUUUGCUUCUGAACUUUCCUCCCAAACAUGAAAAUCUUCCACAGCAUACAUCUGAACCAACAAAGUAUAUUGGAAAAUAUUACCCAGUUCCAGAUAAAGAUAUAUUGAAAGAAUUAUUUGCUCGUGAGAGAGAACUUCGAUCUACGUAUAUCGUCAACAAAGUAUUACGUGCAUGCAUAGAUUGUUGUCAUGGCAAUAGCAAAUUAUUUGGAGGAAGUAUAGGAAAAACAUUGGGAAGAUCUGAUCUGACCAGCGAAGAUGUAGUUGACUCUGAUGAUACUGAAUAUUGUAAUCGGUGUUCGGCAAUCCGAUUGGUCCGUCUCUACGUAGUGCGAGAACGAGAUCUUGCUGAUUGUGCCAUCGACGUGUUACAACAACCGGAACUGUAUUAUACUUUCAAUGAACUGAGAAGCGCCAUUAUAUCUGAUGCUCCUGUUAUGAAUCCGCUACGACAGGGGCGUCUCACUCGACCACUCACCAGAGUCGAAAACCUGUUUCCCUCAAGACAAAUAAAUACCAAUGAUUCAAUAAACAAUGGCCGUCGCUGUUUUACUGAAAAUCAAUUGCUCGAUUUGGAAUCUACGGAAUUACAAUUAUCGGACCCUCAAGCCACUUCUUCUGAAUCAAAGUCGAGAAAAGGGUUUGCUUCUCGUACUGAAGGUGUUAAUGUCGUGCGUACACAUCACAGUGAUAAAAUUUUAAAUCGCUCUUUUCCUCCCCCUAGUGUCGAUCCUAAUAUUUUAAACCUGCAACAAAAUCUUGAGAGCAAUUCUGAAUUAUCAUCAUCCUCUAGUGACGAAGGAAACGUCAUCCAGAUGCGACGUAAACGAAGAAGUCUGUCUCGAAAAGGUUCCUCAAGUACAACCUCUUAUCACUCAAUACCUGAUGUUGCGGCAUCUGCCAAUUCGUCAUUACAGAGAUUGCGCAAUUCAGUAAAAUCAAGACAGGAUGGGCCACGGAAUUCACCACUUGUAACAACAAGCCAAAAUUUUACCCCCACUGUCCCAUCUUUACCUCCUAAUGAUUACUUCGCGAAAUUGACUGAAACAGAAACUUGCGAUUCUUCAACCUCUAGUUGUGAAGAAAAUACGUCGGAAAACGAUGAUUUUGCUCAUGGUGCAAAACACCAGAUUGUAUCAGAUCUCACAGAAAAUGAAUUCUUAGGUCUCACUUCUUCUAUGUUACCAAACACGUCUGGAACAGAUUUCAGUAUGAAUGUCUAUCCUACCUCAAUGCAAUUGCGAAGUGAAUUACCGCCUGACGUUCCACCAAGAUCUAGUACGAAGAUACGCCCACCUAGACGACGCCCACUUUCUACCGGCAUGUCAGAAUUAUUUAACUCCAGUUUGAGCUUCAUUGAUGACAACAUGGAUUCAAGUGAAGACAAUUUAAUUAAUAGUGAUGUCACAAUUGUUCCAAAUAACAACCAAUCAGCCUGUGGGCAGCUUCAACAGUCUGAGAUGCCCGAAUUACUGAAAGAUGGUACACUGCCCCGACAAAACGGAAUAUCGUCGUUCGAAAAACCUGAUAUUUAUCCAAGCGAAACAGACUGUAACAUUGAAGAACAAUGUGGACAAUAUUUUUUCUGUUCGCUCACUCGUGAAAAACUUUCAAAAACUAGAAGCAAUGGCGAACAAGCCACGACAUCACGAAAUGGAACUUCAUUUUCUUUUGCAUUAAGCGAACAGAAAAAACAAAAUUCACAUCAUGUGAAAAUUAAUGAAAGCAGCGAAAGUUCAAAUUUAAACGAAAAUGAAAAUAUUUUAUUCAUAUAAGAAUUGAAUUUCAUGUUAUAUUAGUACUGUAUUGCUUAUAUUUUUGUUCCAAUCAAAUUGUAAGCCAAUUAAAUUCUACGGCUGGAAGGUCGCCUACUCUCAGCAGCAUUGUUGGCCAGUAGAUAAACCUUGAAAUAGGAUAUUGUUAUAUUUUAGUCAUCUGUUAUUAACUGGAUUGUGAAGUCAAGAGUCUUAAUUUGACAUGUUUCCACCAGAGUCCAAUUUUCAAAGUACCUGAAAUUCUGAUUUCUCUGGUCUGGAUUUCAACUUUCAAAGAAAUUGGAAUCUCCCGCAAAAACUCAAAAAGUAUUAAGUUUACUAAGCAUUUUUAGCAGUCUAUUAAAAAGACUUGCAUACGCAAAUUUCUUCGUUAUUAAAAUUCAAAUUUUAAAAGCUGGAGUCAGGGAGUCAAAAUUUUUUACGAUCCGAAAUUGAAUUUUUUUAUUAACCAAGGAGUUGCGGAUAAAUUUGCUCCAGGUUCACAGCCAUAGUUGUUAAAAAGAUUUCUUACAAUUGCGAACUAUAUGCUGCGAAUUUUUAUGCCCUUCAUUCAGUGGUAACUUGUGACCAACUAUAUAAUUGUUUACUAUUGAUAACUACCUGUAAAGUAGUUUUAAUCAACACUUAUUCAAUAGGAUAGGAUAAAAUUAUAGCAUUCACUUCCUCAAAUCUAAUAAUGACUCACAACCAUAAAUAUUCCAGGGAAAGAAAAACUGGUAAGACUGCUUGAUUGGCAAAACGCGAUCUCUCACCUUUUUGCUAGUCCAGCUUUGAUAUAGGAAUAGUUAAUCUACCAGUUAAUUGUUCCAGAUGCUUGGACUUUGACUGAUUGAGAAAUGCAUAAUUUGGUUUGAAGAUAUAAUCAGUAAGUGGUCAUGGGAACCACCACACAUACGGUAAUCAAUCACUAACUGGGGGAUUCGAACUCUGGAGUCAGUGGUGUGAUGGAAAGCAUUCCCCGACAUGAUAUUCCAAAUGCCUAUGUUUUCCAAUUCUACAACGUAAAAAGCAUUUGACUUCAUCUUUAAUUGAAUGUAGAAUAUACUAUUAUGUCUUUCAAAAAAAGUAUUUUCUGCAUGUGUAAUCGUGUUACAAUCAUGUUUAUAUCUAGUAGCAGGCUACUAUAAUUCAUUAUCUCUGAUCAUCCUAUCUCAAUCAAUAUAUUUACUGGUCUUGAA